AUGGCACCGCGACAACUUCACGUCGGAGUCUGCGGCGGCGGAAUGGGCGGGCUCGCUGCCGCGAUUGCAUGUGCUAGGGCGGGCGCGAAGGUGACGCUGCUGGAGGCGGCAAAGGAGCUGGGGGAGAUCGGCGCGGGGAUCCAGAUGUUCUCGAACGUGUCUCGACUUCUCAUCCGAUGGGACGUGGACAAGAUCAUCGGCGAUGAUUUGAUCGCCGUGGAUGAGAUCAACACGUGGGGCCUGGACGAUGAGUUGCUGGCAAGGUUUGAUCCCAAGGUUGGGAGGAAGUAUACGGGGUUUCCGCACUGGGUCGUUAGAAGAGAUCACCUGCACGCAGGGCUUACCGAGUGCGCGCGCCGCAAUGGAGUCGAUCUGAUUGUCGGGUCACGGGUCGAGUCUUUCGAGCACUCCAAGGAUGGUGUCAAGGUCAAGACUGUACAGGGUGUCGAGCAUUCCUUUGAUCUGCUUGUGGGAUCGGACGGAAUCAGAUCCACGAUUCGCCGAAGCCUGUUCCCGGACGCGGUGCCGAAAGCAGCAUCGACGGUUGCUGCCUUUCGUGGCAUCCUCUCUUACGAAGAGGUGUUUGCGAAGGUGCCGGAAGCGAAACAGUGGUUGCGGAACACGGCGGACGCGUGGGUCGGUCCCGAUGGGUAUAUCUUGCUGUACCCUCUUUCCGCGGGCAGGGAAUUGAAUGUUGUGGCCAUGUUCCAGAUGGACAGGGUCGUGACGCAGGCCGAAGAGAUGAACAUCGACGAGUUCCAGAGCCUGUACAAGGACUGGAGUCCCUUCUCGCGCAAGAUCCUUGCGCUGCUGAAGAGUACACAGAUCUGGCCCUUGCUCGUUAUGCCCCCCAUGAAGACUUGGGCCAACGAACACAAGAAUGUCGUUCUCCUAGGAGACGCGGCCCACUGCAUGCAGAAUCACAUGGCUCAAGGAGCAGCGACUGCCAUGGAAGAUGGCGCAUUUCUUGGCGUGGUCGUGGGAGAAGUGGUGCGUGGCACCAUCACCGUCGCCGAGGCCAUCGAGCUGUACGAGAAGAAGCGCAUGCCGCGGGUUUGGACCAAGCAGCAGGUCUCCUUUGUCAAUGGCACGCUCAACAUGGCCGGCGGGGACGAGGCAGAGCGGCGCAAUGCAGCAUCUCGGCCUGAGAUUGAAGCUCUGGCCCAGGAUGUCGUCCGGCCGAACAAGACGCUGCCGCCACAAUACCGGCCGUGGCAAUUGGGGUUCAGUCCGGUUAGUGUGCCCAGUGUCAUGUAUUUUGAUCCCGAGGGCGACGCCGAACAAGCCGUGCUCGAGUACUUGCAAAACACGACCCUGAUGGAUGAGAAAACGCUGGUGACCAAAGGCCUAUGGGAUAGAUGGUGGGGGUUCGUCUACAAUAAUGGUCUUCAAAGUCAGCAGCUCGACGCCAAGGGUGCUCCGAAACUAUGA